AUGCGUCUUUUUGAAAAUGAGACGCUAGAGACAAAGAAACAAGGCAAUGGAGUUCAAGAUGCCGAACGUCAUGUGCUAUCGUUGAUCAAAUCGAGUUACGGAGUUUCACUCAUCGAUCAGCCGUGCUCCGUGUACCAGGCUCAGCAAACUCCUCAAGAGGAACGAAAUGAGUCGAUGGUCGAUGCUGGAAAAAAUGAGCUCAAUGUGGCGCAAUCCAAGUCCAAAAGAUAUCCGCUGGCUAUGUUCUUGUUGCGCAUGGUAUGCAACCUUGGCCCGUUGGUGGUUUGUAUCGUUGGAGGCAUUGUCGGCUAUGUGCUGGGUCCCUCGCAUUUGAAGUUGACGGGUGAUAUUCCUGGUGGCUUUCCGGAGCCGAAGGUACCAUGGUAUGGCUUUACCUCUCAUUUGAUCAGUGGUGACCGUUUCGGCACAAUCUUCUACCAUGCGGCUACGGUGUCAAUCGUUGUGUUCCUGUCGAGUAUUGCUAUGGCCAAGCGCUUGGCUAUUCAACGUGGUGAAGAAAUUAACACGGAGCAGGAACUGACUGGUAUUGGUAUUGCCAGUAUCGUGUGCGGCUUUUUUCAAGCCAUGCCCCCUACAGGCGGUAUGUCUCGUACAGCUGUGAACCUUCAAAACGCUCACACGCAGUUGGCGUCGAUCGUAACAUGCCUUCUCGUGGUGCUAGCUUUGUACACAUUGACGGGUACGCUCUACUACCUGCCGAGUGCGUCUUUGGCAUCGAUCAUUAUCGUGGCUGGUUGGAGUUUGGUCGAGUUUCGUGAGGCCAAAUGGCUGUUUCGAGUGAAGCGCGACGAGUUUUUCGUGUGGGUGGCGUCAUUUGCUUCGACUUUGUGUCUGGGUGUGCUGAAUGGUUUGAUUGCCUCGAUCGUUUGCUCCGUCCUCGCUCUCAUGUGGAAGUCCAAGGUACAGCCAAUUGUUAUUUUGGGUGAACUGGACAACAGCAGAUACGUCGACCGUGAGAGUUUCCCAGAGGCAAAGAGCUUGGGCAACAUUAUUGCCGUCCGUGUAGAAAGCUCGCUUUACUUUGCCAAUUGUGAGCGUGUAACGCAGUUUAUUGACCGUGAGAUGGUACGUCUACAGACACUGGGUGUCACCACUCGAGGUGUUGUGUUGGACACAAUUUACAUGAACGACAUGGACGCUACGUCGAUUCAGGUGCUGUCUGAUAUGCAAGAAAAGUUGGCGGUGCGCAAGGUGCGCUUUGCCAUGGCAAACGCCAAGAGCCGUCUGUACGAUAUGUUGGCGGGCACGAAUCUGCUUCAGCGACUUGUAGCAAAUGACCCAACAAUUUCGUUGGAACAAGCUGUGCGCAUAUUACGUGAAUCGCCCUCUCUAGCAGAUAAGUCAUCUUCGGUUGCGUCAGGUAACGCGGCAUAA